GUGGCCUGUCCGAUCGUAUCAGUGGAUCAGCGUUAGGAGGGUCUCGGGGAAGAAGGAAAAAACUGACCAAGUCACAAAAACUGUGGAUCGAUUGCAUGACUUUUUGAUGACUAUCUUUUUUUUUUCUUCAUUCAUGCUUCUGCUUUGCAAAAUAUGCCCGCGAUUAACGGCUUUUCGAUCGAUUACAACGCCCUGAAUGAGGAAAGGACCUUCUCCGAAGGGGACAUUCUCUCUGGGAAAGUCACGCUGGCCUUGCUGAAGCCCACGGCCGUGCAAAGCCUGUUCGUCAAAGUCAAAGGAGAGGCUCAAGUCCGGUGGACGACGAGGAGCGGGAACCACAACUACACACACUCGGCACACCGCAGAUACUUCAAGCUCAAGCAGUUUUUGAUCACUGCUGCAGAGAGCGAUGAGACUGUCCUUGCCCGAGGUACCCAUGUGUAUAACUUUAGCUUUACCUUACCGUCAACGAGCAUGCCUUCAAGCUUCAAAGGCAGCCAUGGAUGUGUUGUCUACAAGUUGGAAGCAAAGUUGUCCAGAAGUUGGAGAGUGGAUCAGACUAUUGAACAAAAAAUUAAUUUUUGCUCCAGGUCUUUCCUGCAACUACAAUCACUGAUGUCACAACAAAUUGGAGUAACAGACAAAGAAGUGGGAAUGUUCUCAAGCGGACAUGUGCACAUGGAAGUCACUGUUGAUCGGACGGCUUAUGCCCCAGGGCAAACAUCAGUGGUUGUCGCAAAAAUCAACAACUCCUCAUCCAGUGACAUGACACCCAAAGUGCGUUUGUCCCAGGCCAUCGUGUACACCGCCAACACCAGUACCAAACACGAAAGCAUAACUAUUCACAAAAUUGCUGGCCAAAGUAUUGCACCUCACUCGGAGAAAGAGGUUAGUUGGCGGUUGAAGAUUCCCACCAAUCAAGAGCUGACCAUCAAGAACUGCGACAUCCUCUCAGUGGAAUACUGCUUAAAGGUGUACUUGGAUAUCAGUUUUGCCUUUGACCCAGAGGUCAAGCUCCCUAUCAUCAUUAUACCUUCUGCACUAACGUCCGGUAUUCAGCCUGGUGAUUUUGGGCCUUCUCACAACAGCGACUUCCUCCCUCCUACAGCCAGUGUGCCUUCUUAUCCUGCCUCCCCAGCACCCCGAGCAUAUUCAGCACCCCCGCCUUCUUACCGGGGUAAUCCAUUUACUAGCCCACCGGUCAUGAAUCCUAAUCAGCCUGCUUCCAUGGCAUGGGGUUACAGUCCAAGAUCUUUUUCAUACGGCCCUCCCUAUUUGUCAUCAUCAUCGAGCGUUCUCCACCCUCCGCCGAAUGCAUCGGCAUUUCACGCACCUUCUUCAGCAUUUCAUCCAUGUCCACCCAACCAACUGACCCGCCCAGACCCGUCCGCACCACCAGUAUUCGCCCCGGCCCCAUCUGCUCCUGCGUACGAACCGCCUUCUUAUUCGACAAGCACCAACUUCCUGUCUCAUUCGGAUGAACCUCCUCCGGCUUAUUCGGUUAUUUUCCCAUCAGCUGCAAAUGAAGGGGCCAACUAGCCAAGCAGUAUUCACACUACCAUCAAGUGUUAUGUUUGCCUGUGAUUGUUUUGAGGUGCAACAUUUUUUUUAGGUUGUAAAAUUGUCUUUGGCCAGUUGAGGAUAUUGGCACCUUUAACAGUUACACAUCUUUAGUGGCCUUGUCGUGUUUAUUCCUGCCUUACAAUGUCCAAAAUAUUAAUGUGUUAUGUUGUUGUUUAACAGGUAUUAUGGGGUCCAAACAGUGCCAACAUUCUUGCGCGUAAAAAACACUCGCCUCCAAGUACCACCAUAAUGACCAACAUUCAAAUACUGUAGCAUAGUAGGCCUGCUUAUUCAUUAAAAACAAGGCCAAGGUUUUAUUUAACAAGUGUAUUUAAUAUUUUUGGCCACGGUAACACAUUUUGAACAGUUACACUGUGUCUGAAUAUUUAAUUAGGUGAUUUUUUUGAUUGUGCUCCACACCACACGUGUCAAACUAAAGGCCCGGUGGCCAGAUCUGGCACGCCACAUAGUUUAACGCGGCCCUCAAGAGCUUUGAAAUAAAAUGCAUCAAUAAAUUGCUCUUACUUUUCUAACAAAACGUAUUUGCUCUUUCCAUUUUGACCAAAAAAAAGUACAUGUUUUGCAUACAAACUUUAAUAGCACUUAACAUCCAUCCACAGUCAGCAGUGUUUUAGCUACUUCUAAAUCACUAAUUCUCGCCUCCAUGGCGACGGAUAAAGUACAUUUCUUACGAGUAUCAUCCGUGCAGGACGAGGAAUAGCUAAUUGAGAGUCACAUCGCAGUGAUGGUUGCCCUCACAGGGCCGUUUUUAACAGAGAGUAAUAUAUCGUUGUUGUUUUUUAGAGCAUUUAAAAAAAUGGAGUGGAAUGGAAAAACAAUACCACUGUUUUUAGCGGUAAUUUAUUUUUUUUAACCGUGAAAUAUUGUUGUUUUAAUGUUUAUAUUUGUUAGUUUUUUAUGUUUUAGUAUCUUUAUAUGAAAAAAAAAAAUACCUAAAUUGAUUUUACAGUAAAAAACUCAGUCGGCGGAAUUCAACCGUAAAAUUUAAUUUUACAGUGUAUAAUUUGCUUGGUAAUUUGUUUUGAAAUCUGAAGUCAAGCAGAUAUGCAAGUAUGAUAUUUAUCUUUAUUUUUAACAAAAAAUAUUUUUGGAAUAAAUGAUUAUAUUAUAUUUUGAUAAUAUUGAAUUUUAAAAUAUAUGCAAUUGCAUGCAGUACAUGAUUUUUAAUCUCAAAAGGGAAAUAAAUAUACUUAGUAAGAAAAGAUUAAGCAUUUUAUUAACGCAUAUUAUCUCCAGACUUUCGCGGGCCACAUAAAAUAAUGUGGCGGGGCCCGAUUCGGCCCCCGAGCCUUAAGUUUCACACAUUGUGAUUUACAUGUAAUAAUGUGCUGUGAAAUACAUCCUAAAUUUUGCGAUUGCUCAAUUUAAAUGUCCAUUGUGUUGUGUGCUACGUGACACAUAUAUAUGUAUAUACAUAUAAGUACCAAAAGAAACAGAGAAACGCAUCACAAGUGCAUAACAGUGUCUGUGGAUUUCCACUGGUUGCGAAACGGCGGACUCUUUCCGUUUCCAUUCAAGUCUUUUUGUCAGGCAUAGCGGUGACGUUACGCAUUCCAACGUUAAAUUAGUGUGGCUUUUCUGCAACGUGUAUUUUUAGCGCGCAAGGAUUUUGGUACUGCUUUGACGCUCUAAGGCGGGGGUAUCUAAUAUGUUUCCACUUAGGGUCACACACUAAAAAAUGAAAGUAUGCGGGGGCCAUUUUGAUAUUUCUCACUUUAAAAACCAGUGUAAUAUGAACACUUUUUGAAAGGAAAGUCAGUUUUUUGUUAUUAGCGUGGACAUUUCAACUUUUUCUUGUUCCAUUACACCCGUUUGGUAUUUUAUUUCACUGUUUUGUGGGGUUUUAAUCCUUGUUUUUUUAAUAAUAGUAUUUUUAAAAUGCGCUGUAGGCCGUUCAAAAAUGAGCUGUUGGCCGCAAAUGACCCCCGGCCCACAGUUUGGACACCCCUGUCGUGAUGUAUCGUUUGCUGUAAAUUAUGACACAAGAAAUUGAAUAAAAGGAAAAAAAAACGUAAUGAAGUUGCAUUAGAUAUAUGGUAUUAAUAAAAAAUAUUCACAUUUUAAAUGAAAAUAAUUGUGAGAAUUAAUAUAACUGGUACCGAUCUAACUGUUAAAAAAAAAAAAAACAUUUUAGGGGUACAUUUUAUGUUUUAAAAAAAAAUGUUUGCCAUUGACACAACUUGAGAUACAGUUGCAGGUUUAGAAAACUAUAUUUUAUUUUUACCAAGCUGCUGUGCCUCCCCUGCAGACUUCUGGUGUCUCCCUAUGGUAAAGAAAAUUGUUAUAAUCCAAACCAGGGGUGUCCAAACUUUUUAACUUGGAAGCCACAUUGGAAUAAAAUUAAGUAAAGUAA